GACUUUGACAUUUGUGGUUUGAUUCGCCAGCAGAUGCGGCACGCUUGUUAGAGAACACAUUAUCUCUGCAUACCUUUCCAUAACUUCACUUAGGGGGGGGGGCAUUAAACCUUGAACACCCCCUUUCCUGUAGGUAUAUAAAGACGGAGUCGGACAGACUCACUUCAUAUCGCCAGCUUUCAUAAAAGAAAGAAAUAAAGAUGCCGACCAGAACUCCCACUGCGAGAAUCAUGCCUACAACUGGUAAACGUGGAAAGAAACAAGCAGUUUCUCCAACAGUUAAAAUCCCAGACUACGAUCCGAACAUCUUGGAGCCCACAAGUAGAGCUGAUCUUCUAAAAUAUUGGAUUAACCUCUCCCUGGACGAAAAGACAUGCAGUAAAAUGCUGUGGAUCACUGACGGUGCAUCUUCAGUGUCACGCAUGACGGAUAAUGUCAUCUGUCCUGUUCUGGACAGACCAGAGAGAUACGAGUAUUCCCCACAGGUUCUUUGCAAAGAAGGCAUCCAGGACUUCAGAGCCUACUGGGAGGUGAAAUACACCGGAUGGGUGGUUGUUGGCGUUGUCUACGAACGGGCAGGCAGGAGGGGAAGCGACGGGUCCUGCGGGCUGGGAGAGAACGAGCACUCCUGGGGUCUGGGUUGGUGUGGGUCGUCCUAUCAGCUGUGGUUCAACGGCAACAACGUGGAAAUCGGGCACAUUCCCCACUGCAGCACCAUCGGGGUGUACCUGGAUCACCCAGCCGGCGUCAUGAAGUUUUACGUGGUGAAGGAGGAGGGAGAGGGGGCGGAGAAAAAGAAGGAGGCCCAACUGUUGCAGCAGAUUCAAACGCCCUUUAAGGGAAGAAUGAUGCCCGGUUUCUGGAUAGGACAGAAUUCCUCCUGCAGGCUUGUUGAAAAGGAAGAAUAAUCACAUUUUUUUAACCUUUUUGUUUUUGUUUUUCAAUAAAUGUAUAUUUCAGUAAUAAAAAGUUCAACGAAACUUACCUUGUGAGCAUUUAUUUCCACAAAUUUUAAUUAUUUACAUUGAAUUUAUUAUUAUUUUUUUUUGGUAACAAGACUAAUAAUUAUUGUUGGUUCACUUUUUAUUAAUUUUAUUAUUUUAUUUGCUGAUUUAAAAGUAAUUUUAGCCAUAUUAUAAUAAAAUUGAUGGGGCAAAUUGAAAUCUGAAGCAAAAUAAACAAGAAAAUCAACUGAAAUCGAGCAUAAAUCUGUUGGUGCACAAAUGAAAAAUAAAUAUAGAGGUAGAAAUGUAAAAAUAAAAUUUAAAUCCUUCAUGGAAAUAACAACAAAUUCAACGACAAUG